AAAUUCAGAUUUCUGUUGAUAAAAAUUUUCCCCAUCAUUCUUUGUCUUUUUCAAAGUCUCUUGUUAACAAUUAUCUGGGCUAAUGAGCCUCAAAGCAAUUAUUUAUACUUUUCUCAAAUUUUACAUUAAGAAAUCUGUGACCCAAGCCCUCUUCAAAAAUUUUUUCAAACCUACCUAAGGGAUGAGAGUUAGGAGAGGCCUCAUCUCUUGCUGAAGAUCCCAAGACUUCCAUGGCCUCCACUUCCCGCCGCCAACGCCGAGAGCGUCGCUUCCGUCGUUACUUGUCUGCAGGACGGCUGGUCCGGGCCCAGGCCCUCCUCCAGCGACACCCAGGCCUUGAUGUAGACGCUGGGCAACCCCCACCACUGCACCGGGCCUGUGCCCGCCACGAUGCCCCCGCCCUGUGCCUGCUGCUUCGGCUUGGGGCUGACCCUGCCCACCAGGACCGCCACGGGGACACGGCGCUGCACGCUGCUGCCCGCCAGGGCCCUGAUGCCUACACGGACUUCUUCCUGCCACUGCUGAGUCGCUGCCCUUCUGCUAUGGGGAUAAAGAAUAAGGAUGGGGAGACCCCUGGGCAGAUUCUGGGCUGGGGACCCCCCUGGGAUUCUGCUGAAGAGGAGGAAGAGGACGAGGCCUCUAAGGAGCGGGAAUGGAGGCAGAAGCUGCAGGGAGAGCUGGAGGAUGAGUGGCAGGAGGUCAUCGGGAGGUUUGAAGCAGAUGACGCUUCCCAUGAGGCCCAGGAGCCCGAGUCCUUCUCAGCCUGGUCAGACCGCCUGGCCCGGGAGGGCGCCCAGAGGCGGCGGCGGCAGCAGCGCGGGGCAGAGGGAGCCUGCCGACCGGCACGGGCUGCGGGCCCCAGUCACAGCUGGCCGCGGCAGGAGGAGGAGCAGCGGCGCUUCCGAGAGCGGGCGCGGGCCAAGGAGGAGGAGCUGCGAGAGGGCCGGGCCAGGCGGGCACAGGAGGCUCGUGGGGACCGAGGGCCAGAGCCAGUCAGGGCUGGGCCCAGGGCAGAGCCCCCAAGAGGAGCAGGGAGGGGCAGCCUCUGGCGCUUUGGUGAUGUGCCCUGGCCCUGCCCUGGGGGGGGGGACCCGGAGGCCAUGGCCGCAGCCCUGGUGGCCAGGGGCCCCCCGUUGGAGGAACAGGGAGCCCUAAGGAGGUACUUGAGGGUCCAGCAGGUCCGCUGGCACCCUGACCGCUUCCUGCAGCGAUUCCGAAGCCAGAUUGAGACCUGGGAGCUGGGUCGCGUGAUGGGGGCCGUCACGGCCCUUUCUCAAGCCCUGAAUCGCCACGCGGAGGCCCUCAAGUGACCCCAGGGAAAGAGUGAGAAACUGCAGGGAACGCAGCCUUAGAGGCAGGGCAGUAGUAAGGGGAAGGUCAGGGAUGGGGAUGACGAGGAAGAGGCUGAUGCUGUACGGCGAAGGAUAUGGGGUGGGAGCGAGACUUGUAAUGAGUGGGAGUGGGGAGGAUAUGGGCCACCACCACUGCUCCUUGACUCCUCUAGUUCCUAAUAAGACCUGGUUCCACAUCUCACUCCUGGUGUCUCUUCUGCCUUUUUCCAUUGCUGUGGUUUUCAUCAUACAUGACCUCUCCUUUCUCACCCCGCCCGCCAAAAUCCGCAGCUCCUACACACCUGCAGCACGCACUCACACACCAAGUUGGGCUCUCAGCUGGAGCCAAGAAGGCCCUGCUUGCCCACCUGCAAAGGCAGCCCUAAGAAGACCCAGUUUGCCCACCAGUCUCCACUCCCUGCGCUGGGCUCCUCCACUGUGCUGUCAGUGACUGGAGAAAUAGACGUGAACAGAGACGAAAAAGGGAACAAAACCAGUUUCCCUCCUCUCCCCAGUUCCCCAGCUAGAACCACAUCCUCCUCCCCACUUAACACUCCCUCCCCCAACACAGGGCUUUCCCUUUGCUGAGUCACUGAAUGAUCUGAGUUGGGGGCAGCUGGAGCUGGGGGCCAUGAGGAGGUUGUGGGAGGAUGGGAUAGAAGCAGAAUGGACAAAGGAAGAGCCCUGUGGGGGAGUGGAAUUUCGGUUGCUAAAAUUAGGAGCAGGGGAAGGAGGUGGAAAGAGCCAAAUUAUGUAACCUGGGUUGUCUGUUCUUGGGCAACCAGCGAUCCACACCCAAGGCUAUCUCCCCGCUAGCUCCUCAGUCCUAUGUCUUCGCCUCCAGGGCCCCAGUCCUUGCCAGCUUCUGCCCCCAUCCCACACCUGGGCUUCCUCUCUCAGCAGUCUAGCCUUCCAGAGAGGCAUCUUUUCCUGAAGUUGAGGAAAAGGUACUGAGGGGCGGAGGGAGAGGGUCUGGCGCCAUCCCUUUCACUGUUCCAUACUCAGAUCCACUCGAGCUCCCCAGAACCGGGAGAGGAAGUUGUAGAUGGUACCAAACCCCGCUGUCGUCCCCCAGGACACAACAGGGAACUCCGCAAAGAGCAAAGAGUUACAGGCGUGUGCUGGCGUGUGCGGUCUGCAUGCGUCUACAUCAGAGAAUAUUAAGAAUCAGAAACAAAUUUUUUAGGGUUGGAGCCCUGGUCUACUCAGGAGAAUCCUGAGGGCAGUAGAGGAGAGGGAGGGAAGCCCGCGGGAGCAGGGGAACACGGGCGGGCACGAGACCCUGGGAGAAGACAGCCAAAGAGACCCGAGGCCUCCCAGGGAGCAGGCAGCUGUCAGGGUCCGGAGGAGGAAGGGCUGAUGAGAAAGAUCUGUGAGAGGAAGCUGCUGUGAUUCAGAGAAGAGCCUGCGAGCUGUGAGCAGCCCAGGCGUCCGGUUCCUCUCACAGGCCGGAGAUUUCGGAAGUGGCAUGCAAAGAGCCCAGCUGUGGAGCUGGGGGGAGCUGGGGUUGGGAUCCCUAAGCUGGGGGUUGAGAGGUAAGCAAUAGAAACCUUUGGCGUCCAGAUUCGCUCCUCCAUCCAGCAGAGUUUUCUUUGGUUUUGAAGCACAUCAUUUCCCCUCUGCAAGAGUUACAUAAAACCAAAGCAAAAUAAGCCCUGAUCCCUGGCCCCCAAACCUCCCUCUUCUCAACGUCCCUCCCUGGUGUCUGGCCCCCAGGCCUGUUGGGGGUUCCCCUGAGUGAGGGCUGUUCACUUUCUCUGACCACAGGGUUUCCGCUUCUGUGUCUCUUGUUUCCUAGGCUGAUAAAAAUACUGAGCCCUAGAGGCCCUGGCUUCCUCUGACCCCCUGGGGCCAGGCAGCAGGCAUCCUGUCCACCGUGGUGGGGGCAGGGAGGGGGGCCCAGGGAUCCCCAAGGGAUGACUCAGUGCCUACCAUGAAACACUGGGGAGGUGUGAAUGUGUGUAUCUGCUCUCGAGAGCUGGAACGAGGAAUCAAUUCUUGGGGAAGGAUGAUGCAUUGGGGUUCAGUUAGGAAAACAGGAUUAGGGAACGAGACUAGUGAGAUCAAAGAGGGUCAGUUGGGGGAUUGAGCUUGGGGCCGGUUUGAGUUAAGUUGGGAAAAGGAUCUGGGGGGGACUCUAUUCAGUGUAGUUCAACUGAGCAACAAGUAGCCCAAAGAUAAAUCCAAACUGCUGCAAGUUUGCAGUCUAACAGGGGAGGUAAGGCCCACAGCUAAUUGUCAUUCAGGGCAUGAUGCUGAGUAAAUAUUAGAGCGUAAGACACAGUGGGUAUGGAAGGGGGAGGGGGCGCUGAGCCGGGAGAGGGCAUUUGACUGGUGCUGAGUGGGCAGAAUUUCUAUGGGUGGAGGUGGCGGGAAAGGCUCCAUAGACAAACGAACUGGCUUCAGCAGAGACCAGGAGUCAGAAAACAGUGUAUUGAGGAAAAGACGAGUGUCCUGAGGAAGACGAAGCACAGGUGUGAGUGAGCAGGUGUUGAAGAGAGGCCCGCAGGAGGCCAAGGUACAGGGUCCGGGACCUCAGCCUGUGUGCCGCGGUAGUGGCGGCAGCCCUGCAGAAGAGGGGGAGAGAGCGGAGAGUGCUGCGGGGGUUACAGACGAGGAGUGAAGAAGAAAACCGCGAUCAUUCCUGCCAUGUCAAGCCCUUUCCUAACAGGAGUAAUCCUGCCAACAACUGUUCAGAAGGUGGGUGGUGGAUCUCCUUUGUAAAGAGGAAACGGGGCGGGGGGCUCACAAACAUACUGAACUUGCUUAAGGCCACACAGGUAAAAAGUAGCAGAUUAGCACUAAGUGCAUCUUACUCCAAAACUUGUGUGCUUUCACUUAGGUCCGAGUAACUCCAAAUAGCGUUAAAGGAGGGAACAGAUCUUAAAAACUUUGAGAGGAUAAGUCAUUAGCACAACUGGUGGGACGGUGGGAGGAAUCUUAGAAGAAGAGGAAUCUUGGAUGACCCUGAAUUUUGUUCCUAGGGGAUUAGAAAGAUGAUGCCCUAAGCCUAGGAGACACCUAGCUGAGAGGAAAGAUAAGGAAUUCAGUUUCAGACACUGAAGCAAUACAUUUUGAUUAAGCACCUGAUAGGAGCAGGGCACUCUGCUAGACAAAAGGUUUAAAAGAAAUAUAAAGUCACUGCCCUCAUAGAACUUGCAGUCUAAUGAGAUAAACAAUAUAUAAGUAACAACUACAGGUGGUAAUGGGAGGUGCACCUGCCUAGAGUAAUAAAGUGUUCAAACAAGGCCUGCUGAGUUUGAGGUGCUAGCAUAACAGGUGGAGAUUUCUGGCAAGCAGGUCCAGAGCUCAAGAGAAAAGUGUGAGCUGGAGGGGUAGAUUCGGGCAUCAUUCCCUUCCUAGGGGAGAUUGAGCCUCGAAGUGCACCGGAUCCCCUAGAGAGGGUGAUCAGAAGAGCCCCUGAAGAUGGUCGAAGCAAGAGGAAUCAAUAAAGGAGGGAGGUGGGGAAGUGGUCAGAGAAGUAGGGCAAGGGAGGGGUGUGCCAAGCAGAGACAGGGCAGCAGCCACAUCUAAUGCUUCAAAGAGGCCUAGUAGGGGAAGGUUGAAAGAUCCUUUGGGUUCAGGAACUAGACAAUUACAAAUUUUGAGAAAACAGUUUCCACUUACCAGAGGGGCAGAAAUCACUUUACAUAGGUUAAGGAAUGAGUGGGAGGUGAGGAAAGGGAGGUGGUAGGUACAAAGUCAUAGAAUAGUGAAUAUGGAAGAUAACUAAGAGUCAUCUCUAAUGCAACCCACGAAUUUUACAGAUGAGGAAAAUGUUACCAGUUCCCAAAAAAGUGGGUAGUUAAGGGGGCUAGUCUCUUGAGACAUCACACAGAAAAGGAAGGUGAGAGAUGAAAUGGCAGAGAGAAAAACAGAGUCCAGGGAAGGAUUUUUUUUAUUUUCAAGAAAUAAAAUUGAACGGGCGCCUGGGUGGCUCAGUCGUUAAGCGUUGGCCUUUGGCUCAGGUCAUGACUUCAGGGUCCUGGGAUCGAGCCCCGCAUCCCUGCUCGGCGGGGAGCCUGCUUCUCCCUCUCCCAUUCCCCCUGCUUGUGUUCCCUCUCUCGCUGUGUCUCUCUUUGUGAAAUAAAUAAAAUCUUUAAAAAAAAAAAAAAAGAAAAUUGAAUAUGUUUACAAUGAAAGCACAGCGCAUGAAGAGAGAAAGAUACCGAAGAUUUGAGGUGGGAAAGAAUAUGGUAAAGACACAGGAAGUGGAAUACAGAGCACAGAGGAUCUGCCUUGGACAGGAGAAGAGUCCUCAGAGUCAAAAGAAAAGAAAGAUGGGGCGCCCGGGUGGCUCAGUCGGUUAAGCGUCUGCCUUUGGAUCAGGUCAUGAUCCCAGGGUCCUGGGAUUGAGCCCCAUAUCAGGCUCCCUGCUCAGCCCCAAGUCUGCCUCUCCUUCUGCCCCUCCCCCCGCUCAUGCUCUCUCAUUCACUCUCUCAAAUAAAUGAAAAAAAUCUUUUAGGGGCGCCUGGGUGGCUCAGUUGGUUAAGCGACUGCCUUCGGCUCAGGUCAUGAUCCUGGAGUCCCGGGAUCAAGUCCCGCAUCGGGCUCCCUGCUCAGCAGGGGGUCUGCUUCUCCCUCUGCCCUCUUCCCUCUCGUGCUCUCUGUCUCUCAUUCUCUCUGUCUCAAAUAAAUAAAUAAAAUCUUUAAAAAAAAA